AUCCGUUCUUUUGCUGAAUAAAUAGGUCACUAGUCUGAGCAUCGACCACGGCGCAUCCGCUCAAUAGCAAGGUCACAUUUCUGCUCCUGCGAUGUCCACUCCGAACUCAUGUGCAAGUAAUUACAGGUACACCUUGUACUCUAUCGGUGUGCCGUAAAGAUGAAUUCUCUUUCAACGCUAGCUUCCCAGAGACACCUACAGGCGUAAUGAAAAAGUCACUUCUUGCCUUCUGACUCGUAAGUAGGCGCUGUGUGCGUGGACCGACGUGUCACUAGACAAGAUGACAGACACCCGAAAUCGAGGAAGCGCAACAAAUGCGCGAACUGGUGUGCAGCAGUCGCUGAAAGGACGAGCCUUUGGCUCUAGGCUACGCAGCUGUGGCGCAGUCUCCGAUCACAACCAGCGAGAGAGGCGCCCUUCACUCUGUUGCUUCUGCUCUUCGCUCGAUUCUGUCUCGGCGAGAAUGUUCGGAUACCUCGACGAGCAUCGUCACCUUCUCACAAGCAACUCUAUCAGACUUAAGGGGCAUAUGCUGAUCUCACGACAAUCUUGGAUACCCAUAUCCAUAGUGACAAAUCGUCGGAGCGCGUAGAGAGUAGCACGGUACGUACUGUUUCAUCAUUUAAUGAAUUCGGUUCGUAAGUCAACACUAUCGUUCAAAAGCCCGCUUUUCUGGGUUAUGGUAUGUUGCCUACGGUUCUGACUACCUUGGACGUUUUUCUUAGAUGAAUCUUAUCAGUCACAGUAGCUUCUGUUUCCGUAGCGGCAAGUACAUCCGACACUGUGGAGGUAUUUACAAAGUUUACAGUUUGCGGCAAUCGCAACAUGCGCCUUACAACCCAUUUCCUGGUCUCAUCUUUCUCUGUGGAGUUGUCCUUAGGUGCGCAGCAUUUUCGGAGCUUGUUUUGACUCUGCGUGUCCCAUGGAGCAACAAGUAACACGUCGAUCUUCCAUCAUAAAUGGUGAACUGGAGCGUCAUCAUUGAAUCAGCAGCAGUUUUAGUGAAAUCAUUGUGUUAUAUGCAUCAUAUGGUGUAAAGGAGGAGCAUCAGUGCGGCAGUUGGCUGAAUGGCGUUUUUCAUCGUCCCCAUGCUACAGUUCGGGUGUUGGCAUCCACUCCAGACCCACCUAUGCCGCACCACGGAAUUGAUCGAUCGAAGUUGUGGAGCAAGAUACACAUCUCAACAAAGACCUUCACUGUCGG